ACACGGGUUUGGUCACACGAAUGAAUUUCUGGCCAAUUACGCACAAUGUGGAAAAUUUCAUGCCAGCGCCGGAGGAAGACUUUCAACUUGGUGGAAUUUCACUCGGGAACGUGUCCUGUGCGCGCACCUGGAGCCACCGGAGACAUGCAGAGGGGAGCGAUCUCACGCACUUUUGACUGUGUUUUAUGAUACUGAGCCGCCGUGUGCCCCGCGAUUUGAUUCCUGUGAUGGGGAGAAGGACAUGGAGCUGCGGUGCCGGGAUCCUGCUGGCCGUCAUUUGCUCAUGUGGCGCCGUCACUCUGGAGUCCAUCCACUGGAGCAGCUCCAAUGCAAAAUUUACUCCCGGUCGUGGCCUCGUCCUGUAUCCUCAGAUAGGAGACAAGAUGGACAUCGUGUGUCCCCGGGCAGAUGCUUCCUCUGGGGGACAGGAGGAGUUUUACAGGAUCUUCCUGGUUUCUCGGGGUCAGCUGGAGAGCUGCGCCAUCGACAAGACGGACACGGCUCUCCUGAACUGCGACAAGCCUUACCGGGACGUGAAGUUCACGUUCAAGUUUCAGGAGUUCAGCCCCAACCUCUGGGGGCUGGAGUUCCUCAAGGGGAGGGAUUAUUAUAUCACCUCCACAUCUACAGGCACUCUGCAAGGUCUGGAUAACACUAGCGGGGGGGCGUGCAGGACCAAAUCCAUGAAGCUGGUGCUGAGAGUCGGCCAGAACUCUUCAGAUCCGUCCUCAACGCUUCAGGAGUCCCCCACCAGAUUCCCGCCCACGCGACCAAAGUCCAAGGCUAAGGACGCCUCGGCGAAGGAAAAGGACAUAAAAAACGGGGACUCGGUCGACGAACAAACCGACACCGGCGGCGGUGACGACGGCGGCCCAGAGCCGGGCAUGUUGGUUUGGAUCGCGUGCGGCUGCGUGAUCUUCCUCCUGGCCAUCGCCGUCGUGCUGGCCGUGAUGUGGAGGUACCACCGGCGCCGCCUCGUCCCAGACGGCCAGCGGUCCGCCUCCAUGUCCCUCAACACGUUGCCUGUGCCGAAGCGGGACAGCAUCAGCAGCGACAACAACGGCUCGGACCGCAGCGACGUCGUCUUUCCUCUGCGGGCCUCCGACACCAUGAUCUGUCGACACUACGAGCGCGUGAGCAGCGACUACGGGCCUCCUGUUUACAUCGUUCAGGAGAUACCACCUCAGAGUCCCACCAACAUCUACUACAAAGUCUAAUGGCGGCUGCUCCGAUUGGCGCUAUUUUUGCUGCUGUGGUGGUGACCCUGAAUUUUUUCAGUCAAGGAAUGUGGGGAGCUCAUGUGAAGAGCUGCGUUGUCCCGUCCAUGCACUCUAACCGGACAAAUGCCAGUCCUGUUCUUCUUCGCACUGCUCCAGGAAACCGUUUGUCGUCUUGAUUCAGUGAGGAGAGGAAUGUGGCCCAUCAUGACCAUUGACUGUAUAUACUUAUGGACAAACCCAUCGUGACGUCGCCCAUUGGAUUCUGAACCUCAGAAAUGAAGCCCAAAGUAGGUUGAGCCCACGGUUGCCAUGUUGGAUGAGCUUUACUCCGCCCACACCUGGAAACUCCAAAUAUGGACAUGGGGGUCGUGCCCAGCUCUCCACUACCUGUUAGCUCAGGCUACCUACCACCUGGCAUUGAAAGCGGGAAUAAUUACGCAGAAGUUUAAACCUUAAUAAAAAACAAACGAAUGAGUUACAAAAAGUAGUUUUUGUACCAGGCUGUGAACAUGUUUAAUAAUGCUGUAAAGUCUGGCUUUUUAACAUGGGGCUCUAUGGGGAUUUGCUCCCUUUUGGAACCAGCCUCAAGUGGCCACUCGAUGAACUGCAGUUUUUUUGCACUUCCACGUGGGCUUCGUAGCUCAGACCUGGAAGUUGCCGCCUGAUAAUGACAGACAUUAGUAGUUUAUUUAUUUAUUUAUUUAUUGGUGAGAUAUGUGUGGAAGCGUGAGUAGUUUUGCACUGUCGCCACAUGUGGCAGCUUCAGAUGUACAGUAAAUGUGUAGUUUUUAUUUAAUUUAUUGACAAAUCGUGGGUGAAAAAAAAGACUGGCAUUGCACUUAAAUACACUACGUUUACAAGCACUUAUGUACACCGAUCAGCCGUAACAUUAAAACCACUGACAGGAGAAGUAAAUAACAUUUGAACAAUCUUCUGACAAUUAAUUUUUCUGCUGGGAAACUUCUGGACCUGGCAUUCAUUCAUGCACAACCCACCUCAUAACAGUGACACUCCUUGAUGGCAGCAGCCUGACACAGACACACACAUAAAACACUUUAGGAA